AUAAUUUGAAAAGUCAUCGUAGAUGAUGUAGAAGUAUAGAACCACGCCCUUCACAUCUCCUCUCUCUCUCUCUCUGGUUCAAAUCUCUUGAAGGAUGAUAUCUCCGACUCCCUCUUCUCUCUGCUAUGCCAUCGUUUUGUGCUUCCCUCUCAUUCUCUUCUUCGCCACCACCACCGCACGGCACACCAACCUAUUAAACUUGUUCCUUCUCACAAACUACAAUGGCAAAAUCAUCAUGUAUCCGCCUUCACCGCCACCACCACCACCACCUCCGCCACCACCGGAAGGAGAUGACGAGCUCUUUCGAGUAGCUUCCCAAGUAAACCCAAACCCAGAGCCCACUAGUGCACGAAAGAAGAUAGCCUUCAUGUUCCUGACCACAACCCCUCUCCCCUUAGCCCCACUUUGGGAACACUACUUCCACCAAAACCAAACAAAGCAACAACCCCGCAAGCAGAAACCAGAGGCCCUCUUCAAUAUUUACAUCCACGCCGAUCCCUCUUAUGCUUAUGACCCGCCCUUUCGUGGUGUCUUCUCCGGCCGAGUCAUCUAUUCCAAACCCACCCAACGUGGCUCUCCAACUCUCAUCUCCUCAGCUCGCCGCCUCCUCGCCCAUGCACUCCUCCACGACUCCACAAACGCCAUGUUUGCUCUCCUCUCCUCCACCUGCAUCCCUCUCCACUCCUUCGCCUUCACCUAUAAUGCCCUCCUGCAAUCAAACCAGAGCUUCAUUGAGAUUCUCAAAGACGAGCCCGGCAUCUAUGAUCGGUACAUGGCGCGCGGAGCUGAUGUGAUGAUGCCCGAAGUACCCUUCGAGAGCUUCCGCGUCGGGUCUCAGUUCUUCAUCCUGACGCGUCGACACGCAAGGUUGGUGGUGCAGGACGAGCGGCUCUGGGCCAAGUUCAAACUUCCCUGCAUAAGUCCCCAGAUUUGCUACCCAGAGGAGCAUUACUUCUCGACGCUGCUGAGCAUGGAGGACUCUCUUGGGUGCGUUCCGGCGACCCUCACGAACGUGAACUGGAGAUGGAGCCAAGGCGGGCAUCCCCAUACAUACGGAGCAUCGGAAGUGGGAUCAGAACUCAUAAUUUCUCUCAGGCGUGAUAGAUUAAGAUAUGGUAAUGGUGGAGACUGGAAUAGUUCAGAAACUGUUCGCAACCAUACGUUCCUGUUUGCACGGAAAUUUCCGCCGGAAUCACUGGAGAUGCUAAUGAGUCUAGCAAGUGACGUCAUAUUCCGGGAAUGAAGAUGUCGUAUAAUUAAAAAGUCUCCCCAGUCUAUAUGGACUAUGGAGUAGAUUUUCAACUCUCCAAAUGAACGGUCCAUAUCAAGCAGUUGGGAUGAGCUCUGACUGUAAAUUGUGUCCAGAAAUAAGCCAAGAAUGUAUAAACUAAACGUAGUUCACUAUUGAGUGUUGGGGUCCUUCUGAUUCUUAGUUCUCA